AAGUUUUCAUUUUGCUCACCAAACUGAUUGGAUUUGUUCGUUUUUGUGUAAUGUGCAUUGGUGUGACUUUCGACUUUUGAUGUGCAUCCGGAAAGUUCUACUUAUCAUUUUGGAUUGGGCAUCCGAUGUGGUGAAAUUUUACUUCGCAAUGAGGAAAGUUAUUUGCUGGGAUUCGUUUAUUAUUGCAAUACUGUUGGUUCUACAGAUGAACACCAAAGUUGAUGAUGGAUAUAUCGACUUUGAACGUGUUAAACUAAAAUCAAUAAAAUACGGAAACAUAAUUCUUAACUAUCUGACCGAGGAGUACAAGUGGCCGAAUGCAACUGUGUACUAUAAGUUUGAGGGAUCUUUUCCACGUUCAGCAAUUCGCCGAAUCAAGCAAGCCAUGCAAAUUAUAUCAUCCGUGUCAUGCGUUCGAUUCCUGUCAAAACCAUCGAACGAAGUUGACUACGUCGAAAUCACCUCAGAGCGCAGUGGAUGUUGGUCAGAUACAGGACGUCAUUCACAGAUAACGCAACUGAAUUUAGGUCCAGAAUGCUACGCCUCCGUCGGAACACCCCUGCACGAAUUGAUGCACACGCUGGGCUUCCUGCAUCAGCACACCCGCCCCGAUCGAGAUCAGUACAUUCAGGUAUUGUACGAAAAUGUUAUCCAGCAGCCCGAGUACCUGUUCAAUUUUGAAAUCAUCGAACCAUGGACUGAACUCGCUUUUCCUCUGCCGUACGACUUCGAAAGUAUAAUGCACUACACACCAGCAAUGUACAGCCGGGAACCGAGUCGGCUCCCAACAAUGAUUCCCCGAAAAAUCCCCCCGGCAAGUGAAACGAUAGGCCAGCGUAAUCAGCUCAGCACACUUGACAUUAUUGGAAUAAACUUUCUUUACUGCGUCUGA